CUCAACGACGGCGAGCCCGAGAAGGGAAAGCUAAUAUGUGUGCGUGCUAGUAGAGAUCGCUCGUUUUUUGCGGCGGUGCACGAACGCGCUCUGAGCAUCUGGUAUCACAGACCGCACGUUAGUUUGGUUAGCUACAUACGCGGGGAUGAGUCGGUCAAAGAGUUCGGUCACAAUCAGGACGUUGCGUGGCGACCCGACGGUUUUAUGUUGGCACUCACGACAACUAAAAGCAGAGUGAUUUUCUACAAUCUAGAGCUGAUCGAUAACGAGAUUUACGUCUCAAAUCCUGUUAAAGGUUGUCGUAUUACAGAGGACACACCAUCAAUCCAAAAUAUUCCAGAGGUAACACUAGAACAGAGUUAUGUUGUGUCUCUAGUUGGAGGGAUUGCUUGCAUUUCGUGUCGACGUGAGGACCUGGUUGUAGCUACAGGUAAUGGGAUGCUGUGCCGUGUGUGUUGGGAUGGUUUGGUAGAUGGGCAAUUGUCACUGCAAGUUCAUGUUAUUCCGUUCACUGCUGAUCCACAGAGAGUGAGAGCGGUUCCUCUUUCAAGUCCCGCUGGUGUCUAUCUAUUAGCUAUUGACUACUGCUCAAAACUGGGAGGUUUUGCUUUUAUAUUGAAUAACGGACGAGGAGGCUUGCUCAUUAGUACAACAUCUGGAUUUGAUCCUAAGCAUGUCAAAGGCAUCUGGGCACAUGGAGUGACUAAUGCUGUUUGUCUCGCGGUUAACCAACGAUAUGGUUUGGUUGCAUUUGGAUGUGAAAAUGGUGAUGUUUUACUCUACACACUGGAUGAUCUAACUGGCAGUCUGCUCCACUCUCACUCUAUGGCUCUUUCUUCGCAACAAUAUCCUGAUGCUGCUGUACGUUCAGGUCCCGUUCAUUGCAUGUCGUGGACUCCAGAUGGAUCAGCUAUGAUGGCUUCUUGGUGUCGGGGUGGAUUCUCUCUUUGGUCGACAUUUGGGGCUUUAUUUUUCUGCUCACUGCAUGGAGACUAUGGGAUAUCAAUUGAUUCUAUUGAUUUUUCUCAAUCUCUUGUUAUAAAAUCAAUGGCAUGGGGUGCAGAAGGCUAUCAUCUACUGCUUGUAUCCGAAACGUCAUUUGAAGACCAACAAGGGAAUGCCAGUCGAGGAGACAUUGUUGUUCUGCAGUUUGCAAAGACAGCACUUAUGAAUAAUCCAACUACAACAAAUCAUGAGCAUGUGCUGCUACAGGCAGAAGAUCGAUUGUAUCUUCAUACGGCUGAUAGUUUGGCUUAUAAGCAGGGAGAUAGUCUGUCUGUUGCUGACAGUAGGCAAUGGCAGAUUGUUCAGAUACCACUUGGUUACCUAACUGCUAACUGGCCAAUCAAGUAUGCAGCUAUUGAUGUGAAUGGUCGUUACGUGGCUGUGAGCAGCAAGAGAGGCAUGGCACAUUGCAAUGUUUCAACAAAGAAAUGGAAAUUGUUUGGGAACGAGAGCCAAGAGAAGGCGAUGACAUGCAGAGGAGGAAUAGUGUGGUGGAAAGAUAUCAUUAUUAUUGGCUGUCAUAAUUAUGAAGACAGCAGCGAGGAAGUCCGUAUGUACAGUCGAUCAAGUCGUCUUGAUGACAACUUCAUGUCACAUUUGAUCAAACUCUCGUCACCAGUUGCAAUAGUCAACGUCUUUCGAGAUUUCUUACUUGUUUUGACAUCAGAUCGGCGGCUUUUUAUGUAUGGAAUGGAUCGUCAACCAGGACUGCAAGUGUCUGGUUCAGCUCCUGUGGUGAUUUUGGCUAAGCUACAAGAGAUAUCAAUAGGACAGUACAUUCCCCAUAUUUCAUCUCUUAUUUCUCUUGAGUUGUCUGCUUUAAGGACAGAAGCAGCUGGCUCUAGUCCAAGUACAAAAGGAUUGCCUGAAUCCAUCAUUGCUAACGUAGCAGGAAAGCUACUUCUCUUGCAACGUGAUCAUUCUAGUGCAGAGAAGAAAGGAAAACGAGCACAGUUUCUUGCUCCAGUUGUUUUAGCAUCAGGUGUAGAACAUGUGUGGGCAUCAGCUUACAGUAAACCUAGUCAUCGUUACUUAUUGGAGGCUCUGUGGCUUGGCUGUGGAGCAGGAGGCAUGAAGGUCUGGUUGCCACUCUUUCCUCGAGAUGGUCAACAUGGCUCUAAUUUUUUGUCGAAACGGAUAAUGUUGACGUUUACUCUUGAUAUUUAUCCUCUGUUGGUUCAUCUUGAAGAGGCGAUUGCAUUAGGAGUGACAUGUGACACAACAGUUGCUCAUGCUUCUCAGUUGUUGCCGUUUUGUUCUUUAGAAAGAACGGCUCAGAUAUUCUUGUAUCAUAUUCUCAAGCAACUAUUACGUCGGAAUCUUGGUGGCCAUGCUUUACAAAUAGCACGAAGCUGUGAAUCUCUUCCUUACUUUGCUCAUGUACUCGAGCUCAUGCUUCACAACGUGUUGGAAGAAGAAGCUCCAAAUGCUGGUCUGCACCCGAUGCCCGAUGCCCUCCUUCCUCAAGUUGUUGCAUUUAUUCAAGAAUUUCCGCAAUAUCUCGAGACUAUUGGUCACUGCACAAGGAAGACAGAAGUGGCCAUGUGGUAUUACUUAUUUCAAGUGGUGGGAAAUCCAAAGGAUUUAUUCCAAAAGUGCAUCGAGUCAGAACGUCUGGAGAUUGCAGCAUCAUAUCUCAUUAUUAUUCAGAAUUUGGAGCCACCAUUUGUUAGCAAACAAUAUGCGACACGGCUUUUGGAUUCAUCUCUUGAACAUUCUAUGUUUGAAUUGUCCAGAGAUCUUGUGCGUUUUCUCAAAGCAAUAGGUUCUGGUGAAGUUCCUGACUCUCCAAAUCGAAGCAUGUUGACUACUCCAAUGUCUGCUCCACCUGUACUCGUACCAGUUGCUGAUCGAUUUGAAGUUGCCUUACAAAAGGAAAAGGAGAGAUUGGGGAGUCAAACAAACGUGGUAACUUUACCAGCAGACUUUAUUGACGAUACUGGGAAGGUAGUGAGAAGACCACACUUUCUAGCAGAUCUGGAUCUUCCAAAGGAAGAGUGGUUUAUUGACAUCAUACUAUGUCGUCAUGCUCGUAAGUUAUUAUCAUCAUGUCAACUUCGACAACUUGGCAAGUUUGCUGCCAUAUUGGAUUUUCCACUUGUGUCAUGGCUCAAUAAAGAAAGAAAUCGUGCUGCCCUUAUUGAUGACUUUAGUCAUGCAAUACUAUCAUUGCAUCAACAGAUGGAAUGGCCAAUGCCAGUGAGGCAGGUGGCGAGGUUAGAUGGUGACUCACUGUCUGUUGUGUCUUCAGGCUCAACUCACAGUGACUACCACAGACUUGCAGUAUCUGGUGAUUUAUCUCCACGUCAUUCCAGUCACGGUGACAUUACACCUACUACCAGAUCUUUAUCUGUUGCUAGUGCUCAUGAUGAUGACGUGUUGUCUGUGCCUGAAGAAAGUCGAGCAGUUUCUCCUCAGGAUGGAGAAGAAAGUGAAUGGGAAGGAGAGCUGAUUGAGUUUCCUGUUCAUUCGUCUACAAUAAAAGGUCCAAAGCAGUCUGAAUUGGAACUAAGGUUCCUGCUGCAGGUAAUGUCAGAUGCUCAUUGUUAUGAAUGGGCGCUCAUUAUUGCAGUCAUGUUGCAAGACACGACAUCUUCGACAGCAGCCUUACAGUGUGUAUUUCAAGAUCAGGAUUUGUCAGUUGACAACAAACGUCAUGUCGUGACAGGUUUUGAGCAGCUAAUGGCAUGGGCGCAAACAGAAAGCCAUGGAUACAUGUGGAUAAUGGACAGUUUACGAGAGCAGUAUCAAAGUCUUACUGAGCUAUUGGAGGAAAUACAAAGAACUCCAACCGACAGAGAUGCUCCCUCAGACAGCGAAGUUGCCAUGUGUAGUCCUCUUGCAGAACUGGAGCAUACUGUGGUGAGCAGCACUCCCAGCUCAGUUCCUGUUACGCCAGGAAUUCAAGAACCAGUCUUUACAGCAACAGAUGGACCAGAUGACUCACAAGGAAGUUGCUCCAUUAGCUAGUCAUACUUACAUAUUGAUAUGAAAUAACUGAAGACGAGUGCUGCUGGUGAGGCAAACACUGCUUGCUUUUUUUCUACCUUCUGGCAACGGUUAGACUGUUACAUUAAUUAAUUAAUUGUUGUACAUUGGCUACAAAGUAGCUUGUUAGCAGACAUUUUGUUGAAUUCAAUAUGCCUUGGUGCGCAUGCGCA